CACAACUGUUGUUUGUUAUUAUUUCUUUCUUGCUUUAAGGUAGGAAAAUAUUUGAAGAUCAUAAAACUCUUUUUUUUUCUAGUAAUCAUCAUCUUAUCUCCCACAACAUGCUUUUCUUUCAUCAUUUGAGGAAGUAAGUUCAGAAACAUCUCGUGAAGAGUCUUCAGUUGCUGUCAGAAUUUUGCUGGAUAUAGGAUAAGCAACUCAAAAAGUAAAAAGAUGGGCGCAACACCGAAACUUGUUGAAGAGAAAACUGAUGGUAUAAAGGCAAGAACAGUUCUUUGGUACAUGACAUUCUUUGGAUUUGCCGUGAACUAUAUAAUCCGUAUCAAUGCAAAUAUAGCAAUUGUGGAUAUGAUUGAUUUGAAUUAUAAGAAAAAUCAUAAUGACAAUCAAACAGUUAUUGUAUCAGAGUGCUUCAUUAAUGACAUAACUAAUAGUACGGAUAGUGAUGACAAGAGCUUAGCAACUGUAGAGAAUGAUAGAAGUAGAAGAUAUACCUCGAUAGAACGGAGACUUUUGGACUAUUUUGAGAUUGAAUACGAGCGUGAUGGAUUUAAAUGGGACGAGCACAAGCAGGCAAUGUUCCUUGGAUCAUUCUAUUGGCUUCAUUGGGCCUCACAAAUUCCAGGCGGGAUUCUAGCAACAAAAUAUGGAACGAAAUUUGUUUUUGGAUACGCCAACUACAUCUCGUGCGUGCUGUGCUUCAUUACUCCACUUAUCAGCUAUUUGGACUAUCGCUUACUCGUAUUUGUCAGAUUGGUUUCUGGGAUAUUUACUGGUUUCGCGUGGCCAGCAAUGCACCAUCUUGUUGGACUUUGGAUACCGGGAAAUGAAAGAAGUCGAUUCGUUACUGCUUAUUUGGGAUCUUCGAUAGGAACCGCAAUAGCAUAUCCAAUAUUCGGCUACAUUAUUAAAAUAUCAUCAUGGGAAUGGGUCUUUCAUGCAUGCUUUGUAGUUGGAACAAUCUGGUUCAUUCUAUGGCAAUACAAUGUCUACGACAGUCCAGAAGAACAUCCUCGUAUUCAUCCAUCAGAAAAAGGAUACAUUCUUCAAGUUCUUGGCUCAUCAGUUAUUCGAGACGAAGAUCAGAAAAAGGAGCGAGAAAUUCCAUGGAUAGCCAUUCUUUCGUCACGAUCAACAUGGAUAGCUACUGUCGCACAAAUCGGAGGAAUUUGGGGUCUUUUCACAUUGCUGACACAAAGUCCAACAUACUUCCGUUUAAUUCAUGGAUGGAGUAUUGAAAUGGUUGGUGUGCUGUCUGGAAUUCCUCAUUUGUUAAGAACUGGAUUCUCAUUUUUGUUCUCAAUGUUUGGAGAUUAUUUGUUGACGCACAAUAAAAUGUCACGCGAUCGUGUUAGAAAGUUUGCGACAUUAUUCCAUUUGAUAUUAAACGGAGUCUUUUGCUUUGGACUUGCAUAUUCUGGCUGUAAUAUUAUCAUGGCUGUGACAUUCUUAUCAAUUUCACUUGCUUUACAUGGAGCUGUAUCAUCAGGUGUUUUAGCAGGUAUGAUCGACAACAGUCCAAACUAUUCAGGAAUUAUUUUGGGAAUCACAAGUACAAUUGCUAUUUGUUCUGGAUUUGUGUCGCCUAUGAUCGUCGGAUACUUUACUUUUGAAAAUCAAACAACUAAAGCAUGGCAGCACAUUUUCGAAUUAACUGCAAUAGUCAUGAUAAUCAGUGGAAUUAUUUACAUUCUUUUUAAUGAUGGAUCUACACAGCCUUGGAAUAAACCAAAGCCUAAUAAAGUUGAAGCUCCUGAUAUAAGUUUGAAUUUAAGGAAACAACUUUUAAGUUUAAGCUAUGAAACGGCUCGAAGAGCAUCAGUUGAUCAAAAUACAGACGAAAGUAAAUGCGAAAAUGAAAGAGAGAAAUAAUAAGAAUUAAGGAUUAAGAGUGUCGAUUCUGAAUAAGGGACCAAAGAACAUUUAAUUUCGUGUUCUGAUUUGUUAUUAGAUUUUUAAUAGAUUUCUUGAAUUAUAAUUCCGAUCAAUACUAAAAUACCCAUUUGCAAUUCAUGUGGAGAUCAAGUGAAGCUUCAUGAUUGUCAAAUAGAGUUUUGAGUUUCUCGGAGUAGCUGUUAUUGUAAAUUGUAGUAUUUAAUAUUUAGGAUUAACACACAACUUAGCAUUUCUGUUUCAAGUAAAAUGAUGCUGCCUAAAAUACAAUAUUAAUGCAUCAAUUAAAAAAAAUACAUUUGAACCUGAAGAAUAAACAAAUCAAAAUAAUUUGCAGUCAAUCAAUUGCUUAGUUUUAAAUAAACGAGAGACAAAUCAAGAGGAAUUCUCA